GCGUUUGUUCCGUCAAAUCCGAAACUGGAUGUUUUCGUGAAUCACCUGAACAAAGCCCUCCGGGGUAAUGCAGCGGGUGGUCUGGUGUGUUCGCUAUCUGAACACAUGUUCAAAAACGAACUAGUACGAAAAAUCAACAAGUUUCUCAAUGGAAAAAAAUAUUCCCUACUAUUUGUCACUGAUGUCUUGGGAAAAAUCCCCACGGAGUACCACGAACAAGGAGAUGUAUUUGUUUUGUCUGACGAGGUAUAAUCAAUAAUUAGAGAGGUACCCUCGUAAAAUUUUUACAUUUUCGUAUAGUAUAUGUCUUAUGCGAAGAAAUUAAUUUUCUCGCCCUCGAACAAGAUAGUCUGUAUUUUUUUUGGGGGGGGAGGGGGGUGUAGAGCAUUGUUGACAAUUAUUUACAAAUUAAGUUAUUCAGGCAGUUUCAGCUUUGAAAAUUUGGCACUGGCACAGAAAAUGGACAAAAUAACACAUGCCUCCUUUAUAUCAAGGAAAACUCGAGCAUAGCUAAACAUUUACGGGGGUACGGACAAUCCUUAGCGUGUGUUACCAUUCAAACAAAUAUUUGUUUUUUUAGCAUAUGUAAAAGGAGAUUCAUACACAUAUACGUCUUAGGGACGUGUUCUUCAUUUGCGAGUUUUCAAGUCACGGCAAAACAGGAAAAAAUAGUGAAGAAAGUGAAAACAGGGUUACAAAGGGACUUGCAAUAUUUACAGCUAUUACUUUCUUACCUCGGUUUGUUUUUAGUAUUAGUUUUUUGCUGUUGUUGUUAUUAAUGAUUUUCAUUUAUAUUUUACAGUCGACUCCCGAUAAUUCGAACCUUCAAGGGAAAUAGAAAAAAGUUGGAGUUAUCGAGGGUAAAAUUCUGUAGAAAAUGAUCUGAAGGGGAAUGAAAAUUGCUUUGAGUUAACGGGAGGUUCGAGUUAUAGAGGGUUCGAGUUAACUGGAGUCGACUGUAAUUUAGUUUACUUGCUACCAUUAACUCUCGAUUACAUAACAACAAAGUAUCAACCCGUUUUAAUCUCAAACUCUCUGUUUUUUUUUUUAUUUCGUUCGGCCUGUAAAACUGUUAUUUGAUAUUUUCUCCUUUCUACUUGCUUUAUUUUUUAUUAUUGUUAUUAUUAUUAUUGUUUUAAUUAAUUAAACUUAAAUUAAUAAUCUGCAUGAUUCACGCGAUCCUCUAUUGGCGAUCAUUUAAUAUUCAUAAUAUGGCAUCAUAAAUAAUAAUACGCUGUAUGUACUAUAUCUGAAAACGGACACUGCAAAGGAACUAAUUUCUUAACGCUGUCGUUUGUUUGUCUUAGGUUCAAAUCACCGGAGAAGGGGUACUAAUUCCCGCAAAUGAGAGAGAAUUCACCUUUUUGCCUGAUGAUCGGCACUUGAGAGCAAGUAUUCAGACACCGCUGUCCAUCGAGCCCUUUAAGAGUGCUAUAUCAGUAAGUUUUCAGCCAAUCAUUUUAAUUAAAAAUUAAUAAAAAAGGUGAAAGAAUGAAAUAAUCGUCUAUACCAUAAAAGACUUUAAAUUUUAACUUAACACUAGGCUACCGCGCGGUCCCUGCUUUAUUGUGCCCAUUUUUUGUUCGUUUUUAUUAUCUGCACUAUCCAUUUCGCACAUCUUUUCGAUGGAUCUGCUUUUUCAAUUUUUAGUUAAACUUGCACGUUGUACAAUAUUUUAUUCCCUCAAAUUUCGUGAGUAUUAAAGUUCUCGAUGUCGGAAAAAUUGCGAAAUUUUAAUACUCAAAAAUUAAUAUCGCAAAAUUUAAUACAUUUCAUAACCAUGGACAGAAUAAGGACCUCCAUAUUAUGUCUGACAAAACAUAAUAAGAACGAAGUUUAUUAGAGAUUAAGUAUUUCCUUUGUAGCUAUUGUCGGAAACCUACUGUUGAAAGUCUCGUGUGUUAACAUUCAUUUUGUUAGGAUAAAAUUAUUAAUUCUGUUAUUACUGUUCUGAGGUCAAAGUAGCCUGCGAGCAAGCUCUCCUAUUUAUACGCGCGUGUACUUUUCUCGAUAUCCCUCAAAUUGAGAGGUUGCUCGCAGGCUAAGGUCAAAGUAUCCUUAGUUCACAUAUUAAUGAAUAGAAAAACUCUAAUUAUACCUUUCCCUAAAAGUCGCGAAAUAUGGCUCAUGAUGUUUCUUGACAUUCAAUAUUCGCGAAAUUAAGUGAUGCCCUAAAGUAAAAAUUUUUGUAAAAUAAGAACCAAUUCAACCUGUUUAGGCUAACUUACAAAAUCCACAAACAUUUCGGUUCUAACAAUUUUGUACGUAGAGGCCUACAAAUAUUAGUCGCUACAAACCAGGAAUUACCUCUUAAAAAAGUGGAGUUAUCUCUAGACUUCUCCUGACUUCUGAUUUCAUUAUAACACAAAGGGAAUAACGUUGACAUGUGGAUUUUUCUAGACUAUGGAACUGGCUCUGAAACACAAUUUCGCCGCAACAAUGUUUACAAUGGGAUGUUUUGCCAUGACCAUCCAUGCCGACGCGGUCAGAAAGCUGGAUGGAUCUCCUACCGUGGUUCUGGUUGGUCCAGCAGGGAGAGGAAAGACAACUGCGCUACAGCUAGCAAUGGCGUGCGCAGGUCAGUUACUUGAACAAGUCUAUCAUCAGCCCAAAAGUGAUCUUAUAAUCCCCUUAGCUGGGUCUAAAAUUUCUUAUGAUACCCAAUUGAAGCUUCUUAGAAUGAGAGUCAUUACGGAAUGUUCCUUUCGGAAACGAAAUCGAGUUGAAAGGAAUCCAGUUCCCGGCCAAGUUGCCCCUAAUAAGAUCAAUGGCGGGGCAGCUAGCUAAUCGGCAGUCGCCCGUGAUACCUCGAAAUUUUGUGGCCUUGUACCACAGGAACACCAAGAUUAGGAUGCAUUCUGUCAAACGCGAAAACGAUUAGACAAAAAAGAAAAUAAGGAAUAACUGUUAAAACUAUCUUAAGUACCAAUUCCAGUUUGUAUGCAAAGCUUACGACCAGGUUAAAUUUUCUUUGCAGGAAUUCAGGAUAUUGGUUUUAUCAAAACUGCAACGAAAGAAAAAAUUUUACAACGUGCUAGUCAAUGCACGCUAGGGGUCUUUCUGGAUGACCCACCUAACAUUUCCUCAUUAAAGGAGUUAUUCAUAGACUUCUUUAACGGAGCCAGCCGUGAAACAAUAUCAAGAGGGCAUGAGAAAAUCAGAUGUGGUCUGAUGAUCACAUCGAACGAAACCGUCUCUGGGUCAGCAAGGUGAGCAUUUUCCAUAGAACCCAAAAAAACCCGUCUAACCAUUCACAAGUAAUCCAGAUCGUGUAAUACAACCGUUCCCACUUUGGUCUUUUACUACCCCAGAUUUAUUCCUUAACUAACGUGUCCAGAGUUACAGAGGCCGGAAAUUACUGCCCCCCUAAGAUUAAAAUUAUCGGCACGAAAUCUUCUUUCUAACCUUCUAUGAACACAUAAAACUGCCACUGACUAUAUUACGUAAUGAAAGUAGUGCGAUUGUCAAAGGUGAACAAACUGACAGCUAGACUUUUGUUGUAUUUUUCAGGGAACUUCGAAGGCUCGUGUACAUACCGUUCUUGGGUCCUUCUGUAAGAGGGGCCACCGCAAACGAAGUGUCUGCCCAUGUACACAUUAAAAAAAUGAUUAAUCAAGGGUACUUUUCUAGUGCCAUUGCUUCAUUCGUGCGGAUGGGAAGUACCUUUUUAAGGGAAGGCAUGGAUGAGAUUGCCUCAGAUCUCAUACCUUGGGUAACACCCCGUCUUAACGGGUGUUUACCUGAUUCAAUUCUCCCUUACGCGACCUCGAUGUGGUUUAGCCAGAGAGUAAGCUAUUGAAUUUUUUGAAUUUUGUGAUAUGAGUUGAUAUCCCUUUUUGGAAAAUAACGGACAUAUUGAACACGUUUUUUUUUGAAAUUUGGUUUUAGUUUUCUUAAUAAUUAUAUUUUUUUCUCUUUCUCGUUACAUUAUCAUCGGUACAUUACUCGCACGCAAGUAGAGUCAGAAAACCUAGCCUACUACCUAGCCAACUCCUAUUGUAUUCCAUUGUAACGGUUACACUGAACUGACCUUGAGGAGUCUUUAUAAUGUUCAAAAGCUUCUGCUAGUACUAAUGCUCUCAAUAUUGGCGUCCCACGGCACAAAUAUAUCUAUAAUUUCUACCCUGUUAUCCGUUUUGUCGACCAUUAUUAUUAUCAUGACUAUAUUAUUGUUAUUGUUGUUUAUGUAUCAUUUUGUUUCAGAUUAGUAGUGAACUGUUUGGUGACAACCACAAAAAAAUUCUCGACAAGUUCUUUGAAGAGACUGUGGCUCCGUUUGCAAUAGCGAACCAGCCC